AUGAGUGUCGGUCACAAUCACAGCCACAGUCAGGGCAGAAGACACCACAUGAGAGGCAAUGAGACCAUUGAGACAAAAGACUUCAUCGCCCGACCCUAUCAGGUCGAGUUGUAUGAGGUCUGUAAGUCUCGCAAUACAAUCGUUUGUCUGAAUACCGGCGGCGGAAAGACAUUCAUAGCAGUGAUGCUAAUCAGACACCUGUCGCCCCAAUGUCUCAACGAUAACAAGAAGACCUUCUUCUUGGUGCCAUUGGUUCCACUCGUAUCACAACAGGCGUCAGUCAUUGAGACGCAUACAGAUCUCAGAGUUGGUCGCUAUUGUGGCUCCAGUUAUGACAAUUGGGAUCAAGAGAUGUGGACUCAAGAGUGGGACAAAUACGAUGUCUUCGUUAUGAUUGACGCCAUAUUUCAGCGGAUACUAUACCACGGAUUCAUAGCGUUGUCUAAAGUGAAUCUCGUGGUGUUGGAUGAGGUCCAUCGGGCCGUCAAAAACCACUCCUACCGAGAGAUUCUUCGGAUGUUCGACACGUGUCCUCUCGAAAAGCAGCCGAGAAUUCUUGGAUUGUCUGCGAGUCUCAUAACAAGCAAUGCUUCGCCACAAGUGAUCGAAAGUCUGAUCAAGAAGUUGGAGGAAACCACUCGAAGCACAUGUGAGACGGCGUCUGAUUUGAGAACAAUCAACAAAUACGGUUCCAAACCGAGCGAACAGAUCAUUGAUUACUUGCCAUUCAAUAUGUCGGUCUCGAAGAAUAUUAAAGUUCUUAAGUUUAUCGCCGAUUCGUGUAUUAAUUUCCUCGAAGACAUUGAUUACGAAUCGCUCGCUCUGCAGAAGAACACCAUAAACGUGAAGACAUUAUGCAAAUCGAUUAAAGACACGCUCUUCGUGUUGGCGACGAUGGGUGUCUGGUGUGCACAGAAGGUGUCCCGACUCUACAUCCGAGAGCUGUCCGACACCGUCGAGAUGUGGCGCUCCUCUAAAUCCCAUUACACGGCCUUCUUGUCAGCGGUUCUGACGGCUCUUAACGUAAUCGAUGUGCAAUUGAGUGAAAUGAUGGCCGGUUUGGAUAGGAGUCAACGACUACUGCAAUACACUUCACCCAAACUCAUGGAUUUAGCCGAUCUGCUCAAGAGUUACAACACUUCCAGCACUUCCAGCAAUGUGUCAAAUCUAUGCGGAAUAGUGUUCGCCGAACGCCGAUCUGUGGCUCGAGUCCUAUGUCUUUGGCUCAAAGAAUUGGCAAAAUUAGAAGCGAAUGAUUUUUCUCACUUGAAAGUGGACUUUGUUUUAGGCCACGGAGGGAGGCCUGGAGUCGGCAACUGUUUGAUGAGUAGUAAAAAACAAGAGGAGUCGCUAAAGAAGUUUCGUUCCCACGAAUGCAAUGUAUUGGUGGCCACUUCGGUGCUCGAGGAAGGGCUGGAUGUGCCGCGUUGUAAUCUUGUGGUUCGUUACGAUCCGCCCAAGACUUUCAGGGAAUACAUUCAAAGUAAAGGCAGGGCCAGAGCCGAGAGCGCCCGGUAUGUCAUAUUUGUCGAGAGGAAUGAAUUCUAUACCAGAAUUCACGACAAUUUGGAUAAAUAUAAAAAGACCGAAAAGAUUCUCAAUGAUUGCUGUCAUAACCGGUCGACUCCUACUGAGAUGGAAAUUGACGAGAGUUUUGAUGACCAACUGUUGGAGCCUUAUAUGCCUAACAAAGAGGAGGGGUCGGCGCGAGUCAGUCUCAACUCAGCCAUUGCUAUAAUCAACAGAUAUUGUCUUAAACUUCCAUCCGAUUCAUUCACUAAACUCACCCCUCAAUACAAAAUUGAAGAACAAUCCAGCGGUCGAUACAUUUGUCGACUAAGACUUCCUAUCAAUUCGCAGAUUAGAUACGAAAUAAGAAGUGUUUUGAUGCCUAACAAGAGGACUGCGAAGAAAGCGGCGGCUCUUAAGGCGUGCGAAAUACUGCAUAAAAAGAAAGAACUCGACGACAACUUCCUUCCGAUGGGCAAAGAAGCCAUUGAUUUCAUCAAAGAGCUCGGACUCGAGCCGCCCGACGAUGAGGUGGAGCGCACUGAGAAGGGUGCGCGUCCGGGAACCACUAAAAGGAGACAAUACUAUACGAAAUUAGUUGCAGACGUUCUCAAGAACUGUCCGAUCGAUACACAUGUCAAGUGCUAUUUGUAUGAGUUCUCAAUGAAGUUGACUCAACCCAUACCUGAAGAGCAGAACACGAGAGGCCGAAAGAUCACUGAUCCCUCCGAAACGACUCGUAAUUUUGGUAUUUUGACCACAAAUAGAGUUCCCUUAAUAUGCGAUUUCCCAGUGUUUACGCGUUCCGGUGAAGUGACCGUUAAGUUGGAACCGAUUCGCGACGACAUCUUCUUAAGUGCUCAACAAAUAGAAGAGCUCUCAGUCUUCCAUAAGUUUACGUUCUCUGAUGUCCUCCGACUUAUCAAAUAUCCGCUUUUGUUUGACACACAAAAGGCUGUUUCCAAUCAUUUCGUUGUUCCCAUUAAUGUUGUCGACGAUUCCGGUCGUCAAACCAUUGAUUGGGAUUUCGUGUCAUUAAUCAAAAGACAUAAAGACUUUCCGCCCGACUCUUUGACAAUAGAGGAGCGAAAGGAUUUCACAUUUGAUGCCAACAAAUACAACGACGCGGUUGUGAUUCCGUGGUAUCGAAAAGAUAAGCCGCAGUUCUUCUUCUAUGUCGCAGAGAUCUGCUAUAACUUGACUCCGAAGAGUCCAUUCCCUGACGAGGGCUAUGAGACCUUCGAGAAGUAUUAUUCGGGAAAAUAUAAGAUCGAUAUUAUGAAUGAAACUCAACCACUGCUCGAUGUGGACCACACCUCCGCGCGACUCAAUCUCUUGACGCCUCGUUAUGUCAAUAGAAGAGGUGUUUCAUUGCCUUCGAGUACCGAUAAGACGAAGAAAGAAAAGCGCGAGAAUUUGCAACAAAAGCAGAUUUUGGUUCCCGAGCUCUGUAUCGUUCAUCCCUUUCCGGCCUCUUUAUGGCGGAAAGCGGUGUGUCUUCCGUGCCUUUUGUUUAGAUUAAACUCACUUCUAGUCGCAGAACAGAUGCGAACGAAAAUUGUUAAACAAACCGGUGUUGGGGUUAUCGAACCGACUCCUGACAUGCCGUGGCCUCCGCUUGACUUCGGAUGGUUUGUGCCCUCUUCUGAUGAACAAAUCGAUGGCUUGAAUAGUGAUUGCAAAGAAUUAGUUGCAUCCAAACCAUGCAAACAGACCACUCAAGAGACGCAAGAAGAGUGGGAUUUUAGCGCUAAUAAAAUUGCGAGCAUUGAGAACAACAUCAAUGACAAUGUGAUGGAAGAGCAGACACUGAAUGACGAACUGGUUAUCGACACAUUCAAUCCCGAGGAUUAUGUCAUUCCAGAUGACUUUGUGGAUGAUUUUGAUGAGUUUAUCGAUGAACAGGAAGACAUGGAUUUGAUUGCAGGCAUUCCUAUUAAUAUAAUCGGCGGACCAAAUGGAUUGAGUUCUUCUCUAAUAAGUGGCAGGAAUUUUGAUUUGAAUGGUAUUCAUAACCAACAGAAUGGCGUUCAGAUCAGAGAAUUGACGGACGAUCACGAUAUCUCUUCAGAUGAUAGCCGUUUAGUUCGAGUGGGAUCUCCGAGUCUUUUCAAUGCUACCGUUCCUAUUGUUGGCCGCGAAUGGGAGUGCGACGAACCCACGACUGUCUUUCCUAUCGGGUGUGCUGUUCCUGAACUGGAAUUCAUCUCAAGUUCUAAUGAUCUUAAUAUCGAGGGAUUGACUAAAGAUUUGGCGAACUUUCCGGUCGAAGAUUACGAUAGUUUUGACGGAUCCACAGAAUUCGAUGACAUGUAUAGCGACGACGACGAGGAGUUUGAAAGAGAGGAACUCCAUGCGAUGAAUAGUGCAACUGUUGGCUCGUCUUAUAACAGAAGUGGAAAGAAUAAAGUGGCGGACAUUUUGCGCUAUGAAUUGUUUGCCGAUACGGACACUAGUUUUGAACAGAAUGUAGACGUAAAUGAAAAAGCAAUCAAUAAGUUAUACAAACAUAUCUACAAUGAGGACAACUCUCAAGAAGUGGGCGAAAGAGUUGACAAAAUAGAAUCCGUUGAUAACUCGCAAACCGGUGAGAGUUCUUCACAACAAGCCUCAGAUUUUUCGCAACUCCUGAACCAGUAUUUAGUGGAAGAAAACGAUAAAAGAGUUGAUUUCUCGGACGAUGAAAGUGAAGACCAAAGCGGACAAGAAAUUGAUUCUUAUUGUGAUAAAGAAGACGAAUUCGAUGACAAGUUGAACGAUAAGAAUAUCAAAGCCAUUGCAAUGGAUUCCGUUUGUUUUGGAGACUUAUUACCGGAUCGUGAUAUGAAUGAGCGCUCAAAGAAGCCAUUUAUAGAAAAUUUCGAUCCAUUGAAGUCGGAUGUGACAAAAGUAGGUCCGAGUCCUUCAAUGAUAUUGCAGGCGCUGACGAUGUCUAAUGCGAGCGAUGGUAUCAAUCUGGAGAGACUGGAAACAGUUGGCGACAGUUUCUUAAAGUAUGCGGUGACGGCUUUCCUAUAUUGUGUGUGUCCCGGCAUACAUGAGGGCCGCCUCUCAUAUUUACGAAGCCGUCAAAUAAGUAAUUUAAAUCUGUAUCGAUUGGGCACUAAGAUAGGCGUCGGAGAGUUCAUGAAUGCCACCAAAUUCGAGCCAAACGACAACUGGUGUGCGCCCUGUUAUGCGAUUCCGGAAGGACUGGAGAAGGCUUUGAUUGAAAUGAAUGUCGACAGCGAGGCGACGGUGUAUGACAUCGGAAAACUUGAAGGACUCAACAGUUUGAAUGAGCAACAGAUCAGAGAUAAACUGCUUUCAAACAAAUCUCAGAACCCGGAGACCAGUAAGAAGAGGACGACUGCCCAGACCUGUGUCAGCGUUCCCUACAAUCUGUUGACCCAACACUCGAUUCCCGAUAAAAGUAUUGCCGAUUGUGUGGAGGCAUUGAUCGGCGCUUAUCUCAUAUCAAGCGGUCCGAGAGGGGCCCUACUGUUCAUGAAAUGGUUGGACCUAAAAGUGAUGCCCAAACAAGAUGUGAAUAACGAUGACUUGGAUGACCCGAUCUGGCAUUGGUUGCCAACACCUAAAUCACCACUUCUUAUACCUUUUGAAGACAACUUCUCGGGAGAGGAGAACGUGAGUAGAGCUCAGAAACAAUUGAAUGAUUUAUAUUUGGGCCAUAAAUUGGAUGAAUUUGAGCGCAAACUGGGCUAUGAGUUCAGAGAUAAGGCGUAUUUGGUUCAGGCUUUCACUCAUAACUCUUAUUAUGAGAAUCAAGUGACCGAUUGUUAUCAAAGGCUGGAGUUCUUGGGCGACGCAGUCCUCGACUAUUUAAUCACUCGCUAUCUCUAUGAAGACCCCGAGUGUCACUCUCCGGGAACACUCACUGAUCUGCGAUCAGCUCUUGUGAACAACACCUUCUUUGCCUCCCUGUCCGUCAAAUACAAGUUUUACAAACAUUUGAAAAUGCUUUCAUUUGAUUUGUUUCGAGUUGUGAUGGCAUUCGUCAACAAAUUUGAACAAAACAACGACAGGAAUAAUGACUUCAAUCUAUACAUCGGUGAAGGAGAGACUGAAAACGCUGAAGACAUUGAAGUUCCCAAAGCUUUAGGUGAUAUCUUCGAGUCAGUUGCCGGUGCCAUAUUCCUCGACAGCGGUAUGUCUUUGAAUGCCGUUUGGAAAGUGUACUACAAAAUGAUGAAACCAGAGAUCGGUUUGUAUUACAAGUGUUUGUCAAACAUUGUCUUACUCUUAAUCACUUUCUAUACCAUUAAAGUCUACUUCAGUUCACACGUUCCAAAGUCUCCGAUCCGGGAACUGCUCGAAAUGGAGCCACAAAAUGCCAAAUUUGGGUCCGAUUUAAAACCCGAUCUGAUCUCUGGCCGAAAAAUCCGCGUUUGUGUCGAAGUGUUUGAUUUCGGAAAGUUUUAUGGCGUCGGACGCAACAAACGGAUCGCCAAAUGCACGGCCGCUAAGAAAGCGCUGCGAGAACUCAAAGCCAGACGAAGACAAUAAUUGAUUGCUUUUUCAUAAACUUAUCUGUGAUUUCGUUUUUUAUCACAAAAAUCGAUUCAAAUAUAUAAGAUUUUAUACAUAAUUAGUCAUUCAUUCGGUUCUCAAUAUUAUCU